AUGUUGCAAGGCGGACCUCAGCAAGCAGUACGCCACACGCUGCAAAGCUUUCGCAGAGAGGCUCAAGCUGUGCGCUCAAGAGGCUCACAACCUCAACGUCUCUAUCUUCACGCUCUUGAACGCCGAAUCUUGCAGAAGAUUGGGCAAACCCUGGGACAGAUGAGCAAGCGCCAGUCCGCCUUCAAAAGCCCAGCUAUAGGCGCCCUCUUCCAGGCCAACAAACGUCGCAAGGCGGACAUCAGCAAGCAGUACGCCACACGCUGCAAAGCUUUCGCAGAGAGGCUCGAGCUGUGCGCUCAAGAGGCUCAUGACCUUUGCGAGUUCAAAGCUGCCAAGGCAAAGAGCGCUAUACCCGGGCGACUGGAGGCCAACCAGCGCAACCUCUACUUUACCAAGGCUAUUGCCCCUUCAAGCGCCGCGCUCAUGUCCCUGCCAUCCGCAGCGCUCACGGAGCUGGUGUAA